CUUCCAACCUGUGCUGCUCAGAAUUGUUUUUCUCUGCUCUGGUGAAGCCUCUGAGCUCCUUGGGGCAAGGAAGAGGACAGGGCAAGCUUACCCCAGGGCCACCCUGAGCCAUGUCCAACGACCCACCGCCGCCCUACCCGGGAGGGCCCUCAGCACCGGUGAUAGAGGAGAAGCAUGGCCCCCCCCCUGCCACAGAUGGCAUUGCCCCUGUUGUGGGACAGCCUCAGGGGGUUCCCAUUCCCCCUCCUGAAUUUGGGCCACCCCCCUAUGAGCCACCCUCACAGCCGGGGUUUGUACCCCCACACAUGCCCACAGACAGCUCUGCACCCUAUGUGCCACCUGGUUAUUACCCACCUCCAGGCCCUCAUCCCCCCAUGGGCUACUACCCUCCCCCAGGCCACUACCCCUCUCCUGGCGGACACACAGCGACUGUGCUUGUCCCAUCCGGUGCUGCCACCACAGUGACAGUGCUGCAGGGAGAGAUCUUCCAGGGUGCCCCUGUGCAGACAGUGUGUCCCCACUGCCAGCAAGCCAUCACCACCAAGAUCACCUACGAGAUCGGGCUCAUGAGCUUCCUUCUUGGCUUCUUCUGCUGCUUUGUGGGGUGUGAUCUCUGCUGCUGCCUGAUCCCCUGCCUGUUUGAUGACUUCAAGGACGUGACACACACCUGUCCCAACUGCAAGGCCUACAUCUACACCUACAAGCGCAUGUGCUAACAGCACCCCGGGAGCCAUGGCACCAGCCCCCUCUGCAGCCCUCCCCAUCUCUGCGUCUGCAACACCCUUUGCUUACCUGCCGGUGGUGUCCCUCUCUCUGUCCCCAGCUCCCACCUGCCCCCAGCUCUGGUCCUCGCUGUGAACAGUUGGAUUGGUGACACUGGUGUGGGUGCACAGAGGAGGUUGGGGGCCAGGCCUCCAGCUGCUGUGUGUGAGCCUACCCCACAGCACACAGGAGCAAGGGGGAGGGGCUGACCCCCUGCACACCGUUAUUGCUCUAGGGGGCUGGUGUUGUCCCUCUCACCUGGAGCAUCAGCUGCUGGAGGCACCCACCACCUGGCUGCAGGGAGCUGCUUCGUGCAGGGGUGGGGAAUCUGCCCUCCACGAGGGGAAGAGGGACCCAAGCAGCCCGCAGAAGAGGCAGCGUAGUCCUUGUACCACUUUUAGGAAGGGGUUGGGUGGUAGCUCAGAGCCAGGGUAGUGCCACAUGUGCCAGGUAUCGGUGUGGUUCACAGCCCUCUCCAGCCUGCAGGCGAAGCCCCUUCCUAAGGAGCCUCAGACAGCCUUCAGGGCACAGUGAGGGCACCAGCACUAACACUGCACUCUUGAUCAGCACCUCCGUCCUGCCUGAGAAGUCCUGGCUGCCCCAGCUGCAUGCACCUCCUCCCAGCCCCUGCUGUGGCUCUUUGCAGGAGGGAAAGCCCCUGGCAUUUCCUCACCUGCCUGGCAAACUGUUACCAGAACUACCCCUGGCAUGCGGCCACCUGCCCGGUGCUGUAGAGGAGUUUAUGAUCAGGCACAGCCAGCUCCCAGCUGUGGAGCAUACCCAUGCCCACGUGCUGCAGAGCCACAGCCUGAGCCUGGCAAGGUCUGUGGGCAUCCACCCUGCAGCCCCUGGGUUCCUCCUCCUUGCAUGUGGGGGUAGGGGUUUGGUUUUAGCUCACCUGAAAGGGAGCAGAAGGAAGAGGGCAAACCAGGCAGCACCAGGAGCUGCCAGCAGCACUGUGAUGGAUGACAGCAAGAUGACCUUGGAGCUUUUUUCCAGCCCCUUUGUCGCUGCUCCUCCCUGCCCUGGGCCCCAGCCACUGCAGCAAGGGCUGUGCUGGAGUGUGCAGCCGCUGGAGCAAAGCCCCUGCCCCCAGGUCUGCACAUGCCACCUGACCUGCACAGGAGCUCAGAGGUUUGCUCAGAGGUGGCACUAGUCAGUGUUUCUAUGUAAAUAAAUA